AUGGCAGGGAAAAUGAUCGACCUGAACAAUUUAAACGUGCAGCAAUUGGCAAAAAUGAAGGAACAGGUAUACAAAGAAGUGAGUUUAAUACAAGACUCGUUGCAAUCUUUGAAGAUGGCACAGAAAAGGUACAUUAGUUCACAAGAGGCGCUCGAAAGUGCCAAAGGACGACCAUCUGGUACAUCCAUGAUGAUUCCUUUAACCAAGUCCAUGUACGCCGCUGGACAAUUAGCCAAUCCUGAGCAUGUGACUGUGUGCAUAGGGGCUGGAUAUUUUUUGAAGCUCGAGAUUAACGACGCGAUUCAAUACUUCAAAAGACGUGUCAACUUCCUCGUGGAACGCAUGGAAGGCAUCCAACAAAUUGGUUUAGAAAAACAGAAGUUACAGAAUGUUGUUACUGAAGUACUAGAGAUGAAAUUACAACAAGCUCAAACUGAAAAUAAAUAA